AUGAGAGCUGUUCUUCUUUUGGUGUGUAUCUUAGGAGCUGGUGAUGAUAAAACUCCUGACAGUAAAGUCUCUGCCAGUGUUCCAAAUUCCUUGCAAAAGACUUAUGACCUUCAGGAUCGAGUCACUGUAUGGUCUGACUAUUUACGACCUCACCUUCACCCUAGUACACUGUUUCUCUUGGAUGACAACAGUGUACUUAAUGGAACUCUGAGCACUGAAGGGAGUUGGGGAUUUCACUCUGGCAUUUCUUUCUGGCAACGAGAAGACAUAGAAGAUGGAAUCACUGAUCGUAUUAGAAUAUUUGCAGAAUCCUGUGGUUCACUGCAGGGAUUUCAAGUCAUAUGUGAUGUUCAUGAUGGAAUGGGAGGUAUCAGUAAUGGAAUACUGGCUCAUUUGGAAGAUGAAUAUAGAUCAAAAGACUGUUUGACCUUUGCAGUAAUGCCACCUUGUCUGUCACCGGAGACGCCACAGUUAAAAUUACUUAUGCAAAGCAAUAUCAUACAGGCAUACACAUCUUGCAGCAGACUUUCAAGUAUGCUUGUACCUCUCAGUCUUCGACAGCAGUGUUUGGAUUUUCAAGAACCAUGUUUAAAUUUUCCUCACAUAUUGCUAAAAGAAGAUAAUGCUUACAUGAGUAGUAGUGUGUUAGCAUCUUUCAUAGAUACAGCAACUUUGUCAUAUCGUCUAAGAACUUCACCGUUGCCCCUGCGGAACAUUACAGAAUUGCUGACUUUUUCUGAUCGACCGGUGGUUGGCAGCACGUUAUCUCUACCUCUAGGGUUAAGUAGCGACAGUUACUUGAUGGAGUGGCUUUCUGAUGGAAAUCAGCCUCUGCGUGUUCCUUUAAGUCCAGGUACAGAUAUCAAAGUUGAUGCUUUCAGUGAAGUGACUGUAAUAAGAGGGAUUCCAUCAUCACGUCUUAUAAGACCAAAAUGUAAGUUGCCCCCUGGAAAACAGUAUGGUACUGCAAGUGAAUUAUAUCAUGACUACUUACAAGAAUCUUCAAGAGCUCCACGUAGGUGCAUUGUACUUGGAGCCCGGGAUCCAAUAAAAACAAGUUCUCCAUUCCCAUCUAUAUUCAGAGGAUCUGUUUCUGAAGAUGGUUUUGUUGACUUUCCUAGUCACUCAUCAGCUAAAGCUGUGAAGAGUUUACCGUGCAUGGCAGGCUUUCAUCAAGGAGGAGGGGUUGGAAACUUUUUCCAAGAACUACUAAAUGCAGCAGAAAAAAUAGAUGUUGGAAAGAUUCCACGUCUGCUGGAUGAAGGUGUGGACAAAGAAGCUUGGACUGACCUGAAAGAGCAGUUGAAAAAACUAGACGGAAAUUAUAUAACAAGAGUGGAAAUGGAUAGUUCAGAUGAUGACUGAUAAACAUUCUUUGACUCAACAUUUUCAAUAAAUAUUCUGAACAUUAA